GUCAAAGUCGUGGUACGUGUCAUACUUACCAAUUUUAGAUUUCGUUGAAAAAAAGAAGUACAGUAAAGAAAAUAGAAAGUAUUGAUAAAAAAUGCACAUCAGCAAGUUAAAAAUACUAAUAAUAGGUCCAUCAAAUAGUGGAAAAACGUCUAUUGCAAACUUCUUAUCGGAAUCCAUUAAUAUAGAAGAAGCUGAAACACCAAGACCAACACAAGGUGUCAGAAUUGUAGAAUUUGAACUUUCUAAUCUGAGUGUGAAUGGCAAAAGUAACAACAUCGACAUUGAACUGUGGGACUGUAGUGGCGAUCACAGAUUUGAAUCUUGCUGGCCAGCACUUCGAGCAGGAGUGCAAGGUGUAAUCUUGGUGUGUGCGCCUACCACGGCUCAUGCCGCCACCAGGGAGUUGGAACUUCUUUACAACUAUUACGUCUCACAACCCAAACUAUCUGCUAAACAGUGUGUAGUUUUCUACAACUGCACUGAAGAACAAGACGACGUCGAAACAUUAAAUUUGUCUCCCACAUUUUCAAAGGUGUCUCAACUUGCCAUCAAUUUGAAGACAGGAGGUAAUCGCUUAAAAAUUGACUUUUCAAACUACAUAGCUUCGGUGAUGCAGUCGAUAAAUAAAGAUGUUUGAUUUCCAGUCGU